UUCGCACGUCCUUUCGGAUAAUUGGAUCUCCUUUAGUUUAAUAAAAUAUUUAGUGAACUUUUGUGUGAUAGCGCCAACCCUUUUUGUGAUUAAAAACAGAUAAGUUAAGAUUUAAGCUGAUAAGAAAUGGAAGACGCACCGAAAACCGAAGGCGAAGGCGACAAAAAAAUCAUUCACGUCUAUCCCUUAGUUAAGCAUUCCGACAUGAAUGAAGAAAUGAGAGCGGAGGCAAUUGAAAUUUCAAUCACUGCAUGUGAAAAAUAUGCCCCGAAUUAUGAGGUGGCGGCAAAAACAAUUAAAGAAACAAUGGAUAAAAAAUUCGGUUCCUACUGGCACGUCGUGGUGGGCGAGGGAUUUGGCUUUGAGGUUUCAUACGAGACAAAGCACAUCCUUUACUUGUUUUUCGGCGGAAAUUUAGCGAUUGUCGUUUGGAAAUUAUAAAAAAAGCAAGAAAUUAUUUAAGAAGCCGCCCGUAUAUUGCAAUAAGCAACAGAGAGCCUUAAUACAGAGUGUUGUGUAAAUGUUUGACGAUGAGAAAUAUUUUUAAUUAUAUAAAAAUCUUUAACUUUGUAGUAUUUAAAUAAAUUAUGUAAUAAAAAAAAAUUAUUGCUGAGAAAAAAAUAAAAAUUAUUUGC